AUGGAAACUGGUUCUGCCCUGGCCUGGGAGGAAGUCUGCCUUUUCGAUCCUGUUUGUCCUUUCGAUGUCUGCGAGUUUCCAAUCACUCUGAAGAUCCGGCCCAUUGCUUCCCCGAGUCCUGCCCGGACAAGCCCCACCCUGGGCUCAGUGUGGCGCGUCCGCGGGUCAGGGGCGCGGCGGGAAGUCCUCGCCCAGCCAGCCAGCGGGGUCAAACAGGUCAUCCCCCUGCGGCCGGCCGGCGCCGGAGCGUCCCUCCUGCCUGCAGGGUACCACCUCCGCAAGCAGCACUGGGGCCGGAGCCUGCGGUCGGGACCGGCCCGGGCUCACCUGGGCGGCCCUCGCGGCCGCGUUUACGCCGGAGAAGGCUCCGGCCGCCGGGAGCCCCCGCCCGAGCCCCGCCGCGCACGGUCCCGGCGGCCUCACCAGGCGCGGGGCGCCACCGCCUCUGCCGCAGCCCGGCCGGGCCGCGGGGCGCAGGGGACGCCGCGCAGCCGCCGCCGCUGCAUCUUCAGGCGAGCGAGGCUGCUCCUCCUCCUGCCUCCUCCCCGCCCCCCAGCGCCGCAGCCGCUGCCGCGGCCGCCCCCGGCCCCCGCCCCGCGCCCCGCCCGGACCGCUCUUAAAUCGCCCAGCCCGGCCGGCCGCGCUGUCCCAGCCAGCCUCUUGGCACGGCGCUGCUGCCCCCUGCCCGCCGGCCUCCGCGCAGAGGAGGCGGCGCGCUUCGGGGCGGGGAGCGUCGGGCUGGGAGCCGCGGACGGCUGGGGCCCGGGGCGCGGGGAGCCCAGCCGCGGUGCCCUCCUCGAGCCCUCCGCGCGCGAGCGCUUUUACCUCCGGCUCUGGGGACGCGCGGCCCGCGACCUGGCUCUGCCUGUCCCCGGCGCAUGGCCCCGGCCCCGGCCCCGAAGUCCAGCUCCGGAUGGGGCAGUGGACGCAGAGCUGGGGUCCCGGCGGCUCUCGGCCUCCGGAUGCCUCCGGAUCCGCCUGGCCGUGCUCUCGGCGCCGAGCGCGCCCCCUCGCCGGGAAACAUGGACGCACACUCACCCGACACACUCUCGCUCCCGCUUGCCCUGGCGGAGAGUUGAAACAGAUGUGGGAUUCGCCCAGGAGCUGGAAAACUCGCCCCGGUCUGCAAACACUCGACUGCCUUUGCUGAAAGCCUCGCGCUCGCCUCCAACCACACACAUUUGCCAUUGGAGAGGCCGGCGCCGGCCGCGACCCGGCAGCUCAAUCGCAGGGCAAACCGAGCUGCCCGUGCGCGCCCCAGAGCUCCCCGAGAAACUAACUUGGGCUCAAGUGAAAAUAGCAGCUGUUGCCCAGAAAUGGCCCGGGAGUAGCAAAGAAAAGAGAAACCGGCUUCUUCCGAAAGGGGAGGAAUUCGACUCAAGGGGGUGCUGUCUACCGCGGUUUCCGCUGUCCCUCGCGCCACAGAAGAGGCCGGAGGGGGACCGGCCUGACGCGGGUGGGCAAAGAGCGAGCAGAGAACCCACCAGCAGCUGCAGAAAACACAGCCGAGUUGCUUGCUAAGGGGAAACAGACGCCGCUGUAGGAAAGCACUUGUACGCAGCAGUAACUUAUUAAACCUUGUGACAAUCUCACACAGUAAGUUACUAUGCCCGUUUUACCAUGGAAACCAAGAGAGGUUUAGUAACUGUCCAAAGAUCGCACAAUUAUAAGUGGUGGAUCCUGUGAAGUCAAGAAGCCUUAGCUCCAGGCUCAUGCUCUUAAAUCCUAGGAUGUUUUUACUUUUCAACCUAGCAUCUCCUUUCUCUGGUGUGAUCCUCCAUGCUAGACUUGUCAGGCUUAACAAAUAAAUACAGACCUCCAUGGGGAGGAACUUAGUACUAAAAAAUUAUUCAUUUUUUAAUCUGAAAUUCAAAUCGGAUCUCCUGACUGGGUUUGGGGCUCUAGGCUCCUCCCCAUAACAUGUGUUAGCCACCCCAAUCAAG